AUGGCAUCGGUCCUGCCCGGCCAUGGACUUGGACCCCGAGCUGGCCGGGAGGCGGGGGACAGGGAUGGGGACAGGGACGGGCAGCGGAACUUUCUCAACUCCGGGAGCUGCCCGGAGGUCCAGGGCUUCCUGCAGCUGCGGGAAGCUGGGCGCAAGGUCUGGAAGCGUUUCUACUUCUCCCUGCGCCGUUCGGGGCUCUACUACUCCACCAAGGGCACCUCCAAGGACCCCCGGCACCUCCAGUACUUCGCUGACCUCACCGAGUCCAACAUCUACUACGUGACGCAGGGCAAGAAGCACUACGGGACGCCCACCGAGUUCGGCUUCUGCAUCAAGCCUUACAAGGUGCGGAGUGGCGUGAAGGGCCUGAAGCUGCUCUGCAGCGAGGACGAGCAGAGCAGGAGCUGCUGGAUGGCGGCUUUCCGCCUCUUCAAGUAUGGCAUGCAGCUCUACCGCAACUACCAGCAAGCGCAGGCACGGCUGAACCAGCCCCCCUGGAUCGGCCCCACACCCCUGCGAAGCGUCUCGGACAACGCACUGGUGGCCAUGGACUUCUCGGGGUGCACGGGCCGGGUGAUUGAGAACCCCAGUGAGGUGCUGACGGUGGCCCUGGAGGAGGCACAGGCCUGGAGGAAGAAGACAACGCACCGGUAUAGCCUGCCAGCAGCCUGCCAGAGCUCCCCACUCAGCACCGCCAUCCACCGCACCCAGCCCUGGUUCCAUGGGCGCAUCUCCCGGGAGGACACCCAGCAGCUCAUCGGCCGUCAGGGCUUGGUGGACGGCGUCUUCCUGGUGCGGGAGAGCCAGCGCAACCCCAAGGGCUUCGUCCUGUCCCUGUGCCACCUGCAGAGAGUCAAACACUAUCUCAUCCUGCCGAGCGAGGAGGAGGGACGGCUCUACUUCACCAUGGACGAUGGGCAGACCCGCUUCGCCGACCUCAUUCAGCUCGUGGAGUUUCACCAGAUCAACCGCGGCAUUCUGCCCUGCAAGCUGCGGCACUACUGCACCUGCGUGGCCCUCUGA